CAAUUGUUCAGUGUGUCCUGCGCCGGCCGCUUGGUUCGACUAGCGGCUCGAUCGCAUUUCAUUUGUUUCGAUAAGUGAUGUGUGCGAACGUUUCCUGAAACACGCAGACUUUGUGGAAAAUAUCUGGCCUGAAAGUACGACGUGCUAUGACCCAGUCCCGCGAGGCAUUGGCCAUGAUGGACGGGACAACUGUGACUUUCAGCAAGCGUCAGGGUUACGUGUUGAGUCGCUGGGGAAUAGCGCUCAUUGCGGCUUUGUUUCUGACUGCGAUUGUCGCCACUGGACUCCUCGUGUACAAAUUCGCCUCGUGCACUCAGAACGAGCAUGGCGGCGCAUGCGCGAAAGACGGAGUGCAGAACGGCAGGGCAUCGGUUCCAGUGCUGCCAACAGAACCUGGCGUCGCACCCCCCGCGGCCCCGUCCGACGCCCCAAAACUCGACGUCCGUCUCCCCAGGGCCGUGAAACCAGACUCGUACAAGAUCGAGAUCAUUCCAUUCAUACACGAAGGGAACUUUACCUUCAGUGGCAAGGUGUCGGUUGUUGUGAACGCGACGGAACCCACGUCAAACAUUACGCUGCAUUUUAAUGACAUCAAGAUUUACGAGGACAGCGUAACAGUUGAAGAACACGAGUCGGUAGCAGACGGAAGCCACAGGCCUGCAGAAGGAAAACAUAUUUUGGUGGAUCGACUGAGCAAUGAUACAGCAAGACAGUUCUUCAUCAUUCACCUUGGACAACCUUUGUCAGAAGGCAAACAGUACAGAGUCAGCAUGUCGUAUCUCGGACAUCUCAAUGAUAUGCUCCAAGGUUUCUACAGAAGUUCGUACAUUGUCAACAACCAAACAAGGUGGAUUGCGGCAACGCAGUUCCAGCCGACGGAUGCCCGCAGAGCGUUCCCGUGUUUUGACGAACCGGCUUUGAAAGCGAAGUUUCAGAUCAGCAUCGCUCGCCCCAGGAACAUGACUUCUGUAUCGAACAUGCCCCAAGAGAGGGAAUCCGAGCAAAUGAAAGACUUGCCGGACUACACGUGGGAUCAUUAUGGACAGUCUGUGCCGAUGUCGACGUACCUUGUGGCGUUCGUCGUGUCUGACUUUGACCACAUGUCGGACGGAAACUUCUCGGUUUGGGCUCGUCACGAGGCGAUCCAGCAGGCGGAAUACAGUCUGAAUAUAGGGCCCAAGAUUCUUCAUUAUUAUGAGCAGUAUUUUGGGAUUCCAUUCCCUCUGCCCAAGAUGGAUAUGAUUGCCCUCCCAGAUUUUGCUGCGGGAGCAAUGGAGAACUGGGGCCUAAUUACGUACAGGGAAACGGCGAUGCUGUACAAACAAGGCGUGUCUACCAACAGCAACAAGCAGAGCGUGGCCACAGUCGUGUCCCACGAACUGGCUCACCAGUGGUUCGGUAACUUAGUCACGCCCAGCUGGUGGACUGAUCUGUGGCUCAACGAAGGAUUUGCUAGCUACGUCGAAUACCUGGGUGUCAAUGCAGUGGAGCCUUCAUGGAAAAUACUGGAGCAGUUUGUCAUCUUUGACCUUCAGAAUGUAUUUGCUUUGGAUGCUCUUGAGUCCUCACAUCAGAUUUCAAUUGAAGUCGGUCAUCCUGAUGAGAUCAACGAAAUAUUUGACAGGAUCUCUUACGGAAAAGGUGCUUCCAUUAUCCGUAUGAUGGAUCAUUUUCUCACCACUGAGGUGUUCAAGAAAGGAGUCACCAAGUAUCUUAACAGCAGAAAAUUUGGGAGCUCGACACAGAAUGACCUUUGGGAAGCACUUACUUCUCAAGCACACGUCGAUAAAGUUUUAGACUCAAGUAUGUCAGUGAAAGAAAUCAUGGAUACGUGGACACUUCAGACUGGAUUUCCUGUGGUUAUAAUCACAAGGGACUACAAUACAGGAACGGUUCACCUUAAACAGGAACGUUUCCUUUUGCGCCACAAAACCGAGAACAGCACAACUGCAUCUCCGCCUGAAGGCGAAGGGUCAACUCUGUGGUGGAUCCCAAUUACAUUCACGUCUGUUGACAAUCCAGACUUUAACAAAACCCAGCCAUUGUUCUGGAUGAAAGCCACUCCAACACUCACCUUGCCUCCUCUGUCUGCUGCUCCUGAUCAGUGGGUCAUCUUCAACGUCCAGGAAACAGGUUUUUACAGAGCUAACUACGAUUUAACCAACUGGAGACUUCUCAUAGAAUAUUUGAUGGACAGAGACCACUUCAGUCAGAUUGGUAUAAUAAAUAGGGCACAAUUGUUAGAUGAUGCACUUAAUUUGGCUCGUGCGGGCCUGCUGGAUUAUGCGACUGCCCUAGAUGUCACUCGCUAUUUGGCUAAUGAACUGGAGUACCUUCCAUGGAAGGCAGCCCUCAAUGCUCUCGCGUAUAUUGACAGUAUGCUGAUUAAGACAGGCAACUAUGAUAAAUUCAAGAUAUAUUUGCUCGGUCUACUGGAGAACUUGUACAAACACACUGGUUUCACUGACAACCCAAAUGACCCUCAGCUGACUGUGUACAAACGUGUUAACAUCCUCAGCUGGGCCUGCAGUCUUGGUCAUGAAGAUUGUGUGCGCAACAGUGUCUUACAGUUCCAGAACUGGAGGAGCUCACCUGAUCCUGACCGCAGCAAUCCCAUAUCGGCCAACCUGAAGAAUGUCGUGUACUGUACUGCAAUCAGUGUGGGUGGCCAGGAUGAAUGGGACUUUGCCUGGCAGAGGUAUCGCAAGACAAACGUAGGAUCAGAGAAAGAUAUACUAUUGGGAGCACUUGGCUGUAGUCGCGAGACCUGGAUUUUGAGCAGAUACUUGGACCGGGCUGUGAGUGAGAAGUCUGGUAUAAGGAAGCAAGACGCAGCUCGGGUAUUUGCCGCAGUAGCUAGCAAUUCAGUUGGUCAGCCUCUGGCUUACAGCUUCCUGAGGAACAAGUGGUUUCGUGUCCAUGAAUAUCUUGGGUCAUCUCUGUUCACUAUCAGCAACAUUGUACGUAGUUGCACCAAGCGAAUCAACUCUCCAUUUGAACUCAGUGACCUGAUGCAGUUUGCAUCAGUUCACCAUCACGAAUUGGGCGCGGCAACACGAGCCAUGGAACAAUCGCUCGAACAAGCGGGAGCCAAUGUUAAGUGGAUGGAAAGCAACUAUGAACCUAUUGUCAAGUGGUUGGCUAAUGUUACAGCUGUGGCAGCGAGUUAACAGGAGCAUAGUCUUACGCAGACAAUUGUACAUAUUGCUAACAGAACGUUUCCAUCAGUGAAUCUUAUAUUGACUGCACUAUAAAUAUUUUACAUAACCUCAAAUUGCUCAGAUAUGCAAUGUAAGACAUCUUCAGUUGAUAGGGAAUGAAGAAAUUAUCAUCACGGUCAUUUGUUGAAUAGUGACGAUCUUGUAAAGUGCUCCAUUCCUCAAGAGAGAAACUGCUUAGAGUAGAAAAUAACAUAGUUUAUUUAAUUAAUAAGAUUUGUCAGGGAGAGCGUAUUUUUAAACAUGUUUCCUACUUCACACGUUAAAUGUUACUUAACUGACGGCAUCUCAUUGAUGUUUUGACACUAAAGAUGGUGAUAUGGUGGCAGCUUCUCAAAAUAUUGUGAUUAUUUUAUAGUUGGAACUGCAGUGUAGUCCAUAAAUUCUAAGUUCUCACAAGAGUUGACAGAAUUCUCGUGCUUUAAGCGUGAGAUUUAAUUAAUUGGUGAAGGCAUUGUACUGUCUAUGCAUCAUAUAUUAUUAGUGGUUGAUGAACCACAGAUUGACAAGUUUACAGCAUUUAUAAUAUAUCAGUCAGGCAUUUCUGAGAUGGGCAAGGAGGGAUCUGCCUAAAACUCAAUGUUCGGUUUUGCUUAUUGUAACCUGAUGAAACACAGCGAGGUUUGUAUGUCUGUCGUGUGAGUUUUGUGGAUCUGAUGGUAAAACAGUUCUUUAUGUUCCAUGUGUUUCGAGGAAAAUAAAAGAUGUCAGGGUAGAAUCUU